GUACAAACAAAAUAAUAGCUCGGAAUGAUGGGAGGUUGAAUUAUAGGAGGGAGAGCAUGGGUUGGUUGGGUGUGCAAUCAUAUGUCUCCCAUUUCUUCAAAAGGUUGAUGAGGAUGAGCCUUAUUGGAGACAAAGAAAGGAAGAUGAAGAAUUGGAAUGGCCGCACAAUUCUACUCACCUAAUAUCUCAUUUGGCCCAAUGUCUUACUAACGCUAUGGUUGGAUCGCGAUCAUGGAUAGGAGGAUUCUUUCAUCGCUCAAGCACUAAACGUCAUCACAAGUUUGUUGACUAUCCUUUGACUCCUCUUCAGGAACAAAGGCUUCAAAAGCUUCAAGAACGGCUGCAAGUGCCUUUUGAUGAGACUCGCCUUGAUCAUCAAGAAGCUCUGAGAGCAUUGUGGCAGUGCGCCUUUCCUGAUGUUGCUCUGAAGGGAUUGAUAUCUGACCAAUGGAAAGAUAUGGGAUGGCAAGGUCCUAAUCCAUCAACUGACUUUAGGGGAUGUGGCUUUAUUUCACUUGAAAACCUGCUGUUUUUUGCAAGGACAUACCCGGCAUCUUUUCAUAGGUUGUUGUUCAAGCAGGAUGGACAUAGAGCAACAUGGGAGUACCCCUUUGCUGUUGCUGGAAUUAAUGUAUCAUUUAUGCUGAUACAGAUGCUGGAUUUAUGCUCUGUGAAACCUCGUUGUCUUCCAGGAAUUAAUUUUGUCAAAUUAUUAGAAGAAGAUGAAGAAGCAUUCGAUGUUCUAUACUGUAUAGCUUUUGAGAUGAUGGAUGCUCAAUGGCUGGCUAUGCAUGCCUCCUACAUGAACUUCAAUGAUGUUUUACAAGCGACAAGGAUGCAAUUGGAGAAAGAGUUAUGCUUGGAAGACCUGCACAGAAUGAAUGAUCUUCCCUCUUACAAUCUCUUGUACCAUUGGCAAUAGCUCUACUCUUCCCCCUCUGUUCCUGCCUUGAGGCAACAUGUUCAAGACUUGGAAAUGGGAGAAUAUUGUAAGUAUUGUAGACAGCCAGAUAAUAAUAUGUACACUGAACUGAACUGCGGGGAAAACGAAUUGUAUCUGUCAUUAUCUGUUUGAAGUUCCUUUCAUGCA